AUGUGUCCUCCUCCAUCAAAGGUUAACACCAAAGGUGCACCGAAGAAACUGAUGAAAAGAAGCCAAAGAUCGACAAAGCGUGAUCCGUCAUAUUGGGAGUAUGCUGAUGCUUAUCAUUCAGUUCAAAAUAGCAACACUUCAAUCAGACAUACUGCGACAUCUUCUGAACCACUGAAGCCAGCAAGGAUGAUCCCGAUGUUGGAUCAAUUUGCGCCAUUUAUACAGGGUUUCAUUGAGGAUGUUGUUGAAGUGAAAGCGGAUGGUAACUGUGGUUAUCGAUCAGUUGCUGUUUUGUUAGGUAUGGGAGAAGAAUAUUGGGCACUGAUGCGCAACGAAUUAAUUAAAGAACUUGGCAAAUGGUCGCAAGACUACAUAAAGCUCUUUGGUGGCACAGAGAGAUUUGAACAGUUGAGGUUGUCCCUAUAUGUGGAUGGGUUAUCCAAGGUUAGUGUGGACAAGUGGAUGGAUAUAACGAAGAUGAGAUAUGUCAUUGCAUCAAGAUAUAAUGUUUAUCUCAAAGAUCGUUCGUUGUCCCUUACCGCCUACGGCAUUUUUGUGGUCAAGCAAUUCAUAUCCUCAGGCAAAACAGUGGCCAACUGCAUAUGUAGGUAG